GGCGUCACCACAUCCCACUUCUACUGCUAAUCGCUAGUACUCACCCCCCGAUUUACCAUAUCCGACACUUUUGGAUGGUUUUUGGUACCUGAAUCUUGCGUUGCCUACAUUCUUUAGGGGUUCUUUAAUGAGUAUUCAUGACCGUACUCCAUAGGUGUUGAGCCUCCGGCCUGGCUAACCCCUCAUCUCCGUUUCUUCUUCGCUUUUAACUUAACAUCCCACUCCAAUCGACGAUGGCCAGCAAGGAGGGAACCGCAGGACAGGCCUUUGGCCCUGUGCUAGCUGCGGUCGCUACAAUGCAGGGAAAUGUCUCCAGAACAGAGAAGGCGCAUGCUCAUGAGUUUCUCGAGAAAUUCCAGAAAUCUGUUGAGGCUUGGACAAUUACCCAUGAACUACUACAGUCCCCCGAUGUUCCUGUCGAAGCCAAGUUGUUUGCGGCGACUACGCUGAAGGGAAAGAUCAUGUUCGAUCUGGACCAGCUCCCCGCAGAAUCUGUACAUGCUUUGAGAGACUCGGUGAUGAAUCUCCUCGUGGCCUUUGCAUCAGGCCCUCGCCCGAUUCAAACACAACUAUGCGUGUGUUUGGCAAGUCUCGCCAUUCAGAUGACCGGGUGGAAAGACGUCCUCGCUACUGUUGGCUCAGCACUAGGAAGUAAUGCCGGCGAUUGUGUGUUGGAGUUUCUCAAAAUCCUCCCAGAAGAAGUUACAGAGGGUCGCAAAAUCAAUCUGAGUGAAGACGACCUUAUCAUCAGGACGAAAGAGCUCUUGGAAGAUAACGCAGAGCAAGUGAUGCACCUCUUGAUUCAGUAUGCUCAGUCCUCGCCAACCGCAUCUACCAAUCCCCGUCUCUUGGACUGCAUCACAUCAUGGAUGCGCGAGAUUCCUGCUUCGAAGAUUGUCGACUCACCCUUGUUGGAUGUCAUUGUGAAGGCACUUGACGAUGACGUAUCAUUUGAAGCCGCAGUGGAGAGUCUUUGCACUCUGUACAGAGAUACUCGGGAGGUGGACGAUUCGCUUCCCAUCAUACAAACCUUAUACCCGCGCCUAAUGUCCCUCCGCCCAAAGAUUGCCGAGGCUGCUGAGGCUGAGGAUACGGAUGCAUUUAGGGGCAUUACCAGGCUUUUUGCGGAGGCCGGUGAAGCUUGGGUUGUAUUAAUCGCACGCUUGCCAUCCGAUUUCCGUGGUCUUGUAGAGGCUGUCCUAGAAUGCUGCGCACGAGACUGGGAACGAGACGCUGUUUCGCUUACUUUCGUCUUUUGGUACGAAUUGAAACAGUAUGUCGCCCUAGAACGGUAUAACGAUGCGCGUGUAAGCUUUGCCGAUGUCUUCUCCAAGUUGGUGGACGUCAUGGUGAAGCACCUCGAAUACCCUCGCCCGGAAGAAGGUGAAACUGAUUUGUUUGGUGGGGACCGGGAACAAGAAGAGAAGUUCCGUCACUACCGACACUCGAUGGGAGAUGUCCUCAAAGAUUGCUGUGCAGUGAUUGGAGUCACGGGAUGCCUAACGAAGGCUUAUCAGUUAAUUCAGCAGUGGAUCUCCAACUAUGCUUCGCAAGCUAGCGACGAGCAUGUUCCGAACUGGCAGGAACUUGAGGCACCCCUGUUUAGCUUGAGAGCUAUGGGCCGCAUGGUUGACCCUGAAGAGAGUCAGGUUCUUCCGCAGGUAAUCCCUCUGAUAGUGCAAAUACCAAACCAAGAGAAGGUUCGAUUCCAGGCCAUCAUGGCCCUCGCCCGGUAUACGGAAUGGACGGCGCAGCAUCCGGAAACCCUUGAGGCGCAGCUGAACUAUGUUAUCUCUGGAUUCCAACACAGCUCCCCGGAAGUUGUUCAGGCUUCAGCUCUGGCAUUCAAAUUCCUUGGCACUGACUGUCAAAAACUACUGGGCGGCCAUAUUGCUCAGCUUCAUUCGUUCUAUGAGUCUGUCCUUGAUAAGUUGAAGCCGGCAAGUCAGGAAGAAGUGACCGAAGGUGUGGCAGCUGUGGUUGCGGUGCAGCCACUUGAUAAGAUCUAUGAAACGAUGAAAAUGUUCUGCAACCCCAUCAUGGCCCGAAUCAUGAACCUGGCAAACAACGCGAAGGACGAGCUAGGCCAGCGGGCUGUCGCUGAUCAUCUCCAGUUGAUUACGAUAUUCGUAUAUGUAGUGAAUCCGUAUGUUUCGCCGCGUGACGAAAACCCUGCAGUCAAGUAUUGCGGCGAAAUCCUGCCAAUCAUGACGACUAUAGUAAUGAAUUUUACUACAUCUACUCCCAUUCUGGAGCGAGUGUGCCGUUGCUGGAGGAACAUGGUUAUUUCCUACCGAACAGCCAUGACUCCAUUACUACCUACGCUAGCAGAAAGCCUUGCAAGUGGAUUCCAAGCGUCACGAGAAGGAUGCUUCUUGUGGGCCACUGAUGCAGUCGUGCGGGAAUUUGCUGAAGGUGCCGAAUUUGUCGACCCAGGCACAAGUCACGCCGUCUUCCAAUUUUACGAGCAACAGGCAAUCGCCUUCUUGCGUAUCCUGAAUGACUUGCCCCCGGAGAACUUGCCUGAUGUGAUCGAAGAUUUCUAUCGCCUCUCUUCAGACGCUGUUCGGUAUUACCCCAAGGAGUGCAUCACAUCAUCCCUCUCUGUGCCGAUCUUCUCUGCAGCCUUGAGCGCCCUUACUCUGCAGCAGAUCGAUCCGCUCAUGGCCACAUUACAUUAUUACCAUGACCUUUUCAGCUUCGCUUUUGAAAAGCCUGCAGUCUCCAAUUUCACCACCUCGAAUGGGGAUCCGUACAUGAAUCCCCCGGAAAUUCGCGAGGCGGUUAAGCAGCUGAUUGCAUCUCAAGGACAAGUUCUUUCGCAACGAAUCCUAACAGGAAUGUUAUUCUCGUUCCCCGCUGAAUGUUUCCCAGAUGCGUCCGGUGUCAUGAUGUCGCUGUUUGACCUGAUGCCACAGGAAGCCGGCGCUUGGCUCCAAUCCACACUCCAGAUGUUGCCAGCGGGCACGAUGAAGGCAGGUGAGGCCGAGCGGCUGCUGAAGGGGAUAUCUGACCGGGUACAAUCGGGUGAAAUCCGUAAAAUUCGCAGUCUUCUACAAGACUUUACGGCAUCCUACCGGCGGCGAAACGUGGCACCUCGAGAAGGAUUGGGCCGGUUGGAGGCCACCCGGUUCCGGUUUAGCGGAUAAACUCUUUAACAAGUCAGAAUCAACUUAACUGAGGAGUUCGAGACUGAGCGAUGUCCAUCAUCCACCUAGGAUUGACCCGUGGGGCGGCUUGGGGCUGUAUGCCCUCCCAUCCAUGCAAUUUAGCGCAUCUUGUGGGAUCAGCAAGCAAUACAGUACACGAAGCGUUGAGAGCCAGUCCCCCCGACCCUCGACUUUAGAAACACAAAAAUUACAACCCAUAGAUUACUCCCAGUACCUGUAUAGGUUUACAUGUUCAUUUUCAGGUGGCCCCUUUCGCUUGGCACAGGAUGGAUGAUUUCGCGGGCCACUCACUGGGUCUGGAACAGCGAUAUAGUCACAAAGCCC